AGUCGGGCCCAGCAGAGAGCCCGCCUCGGGAAGGACACCGGGAGGCGGGCUGGGAAGGAUGAGGAACGGCUGUGGAGACUAACGCCGCAGCAGGAGCCAUUUAAGUUAGACGCCGGGAAGGAGUUCCAGACGGUGUGAGGUCUCAAGGGCAGGAACGGUGACUUUGGCUCAGAAAUCCCAAGAUAGCAGCCUGCUUAGCUCGGCCCUCUUGGGUUUUCUCCAGGAGGAUCUGGCCACCGAAGGGUCGUCUUCUGCUGCUGACCCCCAUCAAAUCCCAUCAUGCCCACAGCCCUGUGUCCCCGAGUCUUGGCUCCGAAGGAAAGUGAGGAGCCCAGGAAAAUGAGGAGCCCACCGGGAGAGAGCCCUGGACCCCAGGGCGAGCCUCCCAGCCCCGAAUCUUCCCGACGCCUCUUCCGCCGGUUCCGCUACCAGGAGGCGGCGGGCCCCCGUGAGGCUCUACAGCGCCUCUGGGACCUGUGCCGGGGCUGGCUGUGCCCCGAGCGGCACAGCAAGGAGCAGAUCCUGGAGUUGCUGGUGCUGGAGCAAUUCCUAGCCAUCCUGCCUCGUGAGAUCCAGGGCUGGGUGCGUGCCCAGGAGCCGGAGAGCGGAGAGCAGGCUGUGGCUGCUGUGGAGGCACUAGAAAGGGAGCCAGGGAGACCCUGGCAGUGGCUCAAGCACUGUGAGGACCCCGUGGUGAUUGACGAUGGGGAUGGCCCUCUGGACCAGGAGCAGGAGCGGCUGCCAGCAGAGGCCCAGAGCCACCUUGCAAAGAGCCAGGAAGCCCAGCCAGUGGCCCUGCCCCAGGGCCCUGGGCUCCCAAGCAGACUGCCAGGCCAGCUCAGCGGGGACCCAGUUCCUCAGGACCCAUCCCUCCUUCAGGAAGUGAGCAUGAGGGAUGGACAGCAGAUGACCUCUCUCCAGCUGCCCCUGAAACGGGUUUCUCCUUUCGAGGACAUGAUCUUCUGUUUCUCGGAAGAGGACUGGUCCCUUCUAGACCCUGCCCAGACUGGCUUCUACGGGGAGUUCAUCAUUGGAGAGGACUGUGGGGUUUCGCUGCCUCCAAGUGACCCAGCAGCCCAGCAGGACCUCUCCCAGGGUGAGGAGAACGAGCCAUGUGUUCCCGAGCUGCAGGACCUCCAGGGCAAGGGUGCUACCCAGGUCUCCUACUUGGACUUUCCAAGUCUCCAGCCAUUCCAGGCCGAAGAAAGAGGAAAACAGGAUGAGCUACAGGGACCAGAGUCCCAGGCCUGCGAGCAGACGACACUUGCUCAGAGCACCUGCCCAGCUGGAGAUGACCCACCGCCCCCUAAGAACAGCCUGGAUGAGGAGGUGACCAUCGAGAUCGUCCUAUCCAGCUCUGGGGAUGAAGACUCCCAACUGGGCCCCUACUGCACAAAUGAGACACGGAGCCCCUUGGGGAAGCAAAACGGCACCCCCAUGCCUCAGCAGAAUGGCCUGUCUGUGGGGGGCGAGGUGCACACCUCUGGGAAGUCCUAUGUGUGCCCCAACUGCGGCAAGGUCUUCCGCUGGAGGGUCAAUUUCAUCCGACACCUGCGCAGCCGCAGGGAGCAGGAGAAGCUGCACGAGUGCUCGGUAUGUGGGGAGCUGUUCAGUGACAGCGAGGACCUGGACGGGCACCUGGAAGCCCACGAGGCCCGGAAACCUUUCCGGUGCGGCGCCUGCGGGAAGAGCUUCCGCCUCAACUCGCACCUGCUCUGCCACAGGCGGGUCCACCUGCCGCCCACCGGGCCCCUGCCGGUGAUUGCGAGCGAGCAGGGGGCGGCAGAGUCCACAGGUGGGGGGCCUGAUGCAUCGCUGGCUGAGGGCCGGGCCCGGCUGAGCAUCCAGUGCUGUGACUGCGGGAAGCUGUUCCAGCGACCGGAACACCUGGCGAGGCACCGCAGCAGUGUGCACGGUGGAUGUUCUCAUGCAUCGGCCUUCAAAUCCUAAACAUUUGUAACCACAGACAACCCCCCUACUCCACCCUAAAGAACAUCUUUGGAGACAUCCUUCUUCACCCUCAGGGAAUUAGCCUGGUUUUGGUUGGUUGUUGCAGGUGAUGGGGCUGGAUGCCAAGUGAUUUUAGAGACCCUGUCUGUACCCAAUUUCCUCUGUCUACAACAGAGAGUAUCCAUUUCUUCUACUUGUUUUAGGAGACUCAUAAAAGUCUAAAGUGAAUGGAGCCUGUCCAGUGUGUCUCAGUGGUUGAGCAUCGACCAGUGAACCAGGAGGUCACCAUUCGAUUCCUGGUCAGGGCACAUACCUGGGUUGUGGGCUUGAUCCCCAGUAGGGGACGUGCAGGAGGCAGCCAAUCGAUGAUUCUCUCAUCAUUGAUGUUUCUAUCCCUCUCUCCCUCUCCCUUCCUCUCUGAAAUAAAUAAAAAUACAUUAAAAUAAUAAUAGUAAAUUAAAAAAUAAAGUGAAUGGAAGUGCGAGGAAUGGUGUGAAACACUAGACUGUAGUCAUUAAACACCUGCUUUAGAUGAACAUCUCAUGAGGCCACAGGAAGUGGCAAUGCUGCAGUUCCCAUCCAUGAUUAACUUCCUCAGUUUGUAGUAAACUUGUGUUCUAAUCCCGAGAAGUGGAGCUGACAGUAGAUACCUGGUCUUCAACAGCAGUCACCCAUCAUGUUUUCUCCAGUCCACAGCUGUGGGAACACCCACAGAGUUGGGUUUUAGAAUUGUAGUACCUUCAAGUGUCUUUUGGAUGGUUUAUGUUUGCAAAUUCUUCAUUGUCUAAAAAAGAGAAAUAUAUUGAGCACAUCAAUUUACUUGGCUGUAUUCACCAAAACUUUAAUACGAUUGGAGCACUUUUCCAUGAGGCCCACUUUUUGUGGGCAUGGAAUCUUCCUGAUGCCACAUUGCAAACAACUCUCAGCAAAGUGGCACACUCACAAGAAAGGCAGGCUCCUACACCCCAAGGAGAUAAGAGUCAGGUAACUGUUUCUAGCCUCUCGUUUUGAAGCAAAUCAAGUGCAGAGGCUCAUAAAACGUGAAGUAAUUUAGGCCAAGGUACGUGUAUCUGACCCAUUUUCCCCCUCCCAGGCAACAGGCCUUCUCAUGCAUUUCUUUUCUUUUUCUUUUUCUUUUAGUUAUAUGUUUUUAUUGAUUUCAGAGAGAGGAAAGGAGAGAUAGAGAUAGAAACAUCAAUGAUGAGAGAGAACUGUUGAUCCACUGCCUCCUGCAUGCCCCCCUAAUGGGAAUCGAGCCCACAGCCCAGGCAUGUGCCCUGGCGGGGAAUUGAUCCCUGAUACCCUGUUCAUGGGUUUACCCUCAACCCCUGAGCUACACUGGCCAGGCUUCUCAUGCAUUUCUAAUCAUCACAUAGUUUAUCCACAAAAUCUGGGAGCCUGUCUCCCAAGCCCUUCCACAUAGCUCUCAGCACAGAAGCACAUUAUAAAAAGUCAAGAUUCAAGGAAGGAGGUUUUUACAAAAAGCAAUUUGCCUCAUGCAAUUUUCUGGUGAGCCAGAAAGCAUUAGAACGUGAGGCUUGUGAGCACCUGGGUCAAGGUCCAGAUAUCAUGACUCCAGGGUUGAUCAGCUGAGUAAUGCAGGACCAUUCAGACCAGUGGCCACGGCUCCUGUGUGCCCUUCCUGUGAUUCCCUCCUCCUUGAGUAGCGACGAAGACCCCAAGAGUUUCAUAGGCUUCACUCUUAGGAACAAAUCCCAUGUUAUAGCAAAUAACCUUGGGAGAGAGAACAUUCAUUCAAAAUUUCUGAGAACCUAUUAUAAGCAGGCAGUAGUAAUAAUCACAACCUGCAUAUAAAAUUAAAUUGAGCCCAGCCAGUGUGGCUCAGUGGUUGAGCAUUGACCUAUGAACCAGGAGGUCACAGUUCAAUACACCCACAUGCCCAGGUUGCGGCUCAAUCCUUAGUAGGAGUAGUGCAGGAGGCAGCCGAUCGAUGAUUAUCUUUCAUCGAUGUUUCUAUCUCUCUCUCCCUCUCCCUUCCUCUCUCUAAAGUCAAUAAAAAACAUUUUAAAAAACAAAAUAAGAUUGAAACAUGGCCCCAGGGAGAGGAAGAGAAGACACUGGGAAACUGGUUGGGGAUGAAGGCACGUGCAGUGUGUUGAGUUGUGUACCACCCCCCUCCCAAAGAUAAGUCCAUGUCCUAACCUCUAGAACCUAUGGAUGUGACCUUAUUUGGAAAAAGAGCCUUUUCAGAUGUGAUCCAGUUAAAGAUCUUGAGAAUAGAUCACCCUGGAUUACCUGGGUGAGCCUUAAGUCCCAUGAAAGAUGUCCUUCUAAGAUGAGUAAACAUGACAGAAGAGAGGAUAUACAAGAGAUAGCCAUAUGAAGAUGGAGGCAGACUACAGUGGCAUGAUCAUAAGCUGAGGGUCUGCUGGUGCCAACAAAGCUGGAGAAGGCAACGAGGCAUCUGUCCCUACUGCCUUAAAUACCUUGAUUUCAUGUUUCUGGCCUUCAGAACUAUGAGAGAAUACAUUUUUGUUGUUUUGAGCCACCAAGUUUGUAGCAAUUUGUCACAUCAGCUUCUGGUAGUGCCAGGCAUCCCAGAGCUUGUGGCCACAUUAUUCCAAACUCUGCCUCUGUCUUCAUAUGACACUUCUCUGUGUCUUAGAAACACACAUCAUUGGAAUUAGAGCCAACCCAAGCAAUCCUGAUGAUCACAUCUAAAAAUCCUUAACUUAAUUACAUCUGCAAAGACCCUUCUUCCAAUUAAGGUGACAAUCAGAGGUUCCAAUGAACAGAUCUUCAUGGGGGCCCCAUUCAAUUCACUACAAUGAUUAUCAAGGAUCUGAUCCUUUCAAGGGAGGAAUAACAUCAAAACCAGCCAGAUGAUCAAUAAUCUAGGACUCUGGCAAAUCAAAGCUGCCCUUGACAUUCAUUCUCCCUCAGGAAAUAAUUCUCUCAGUCAAAAAUUCCUGUUAACCUGAAAGAGACACAGUGAGUUACCUGAAGUCCUCCUUGACAGGUAGGGACCAUUUGGUUAACAUUUUGUCUGAGAUCAGAGAUAAUUAGAGGAAAGAAUGCAAGAUUUCUGGCAGUGGGCCAGGAUUGGAGGAGAGACAGGGAAAUACCUCAGUGUAUACCUCAGGAUUCUCCAGAGAAAUGGGACCAAAAGCAUGUGUAUGUAUACAGAAAGAGAUUGAUUCCAAGGAAUUUGCUCACAUGAUUGUGGGGGCUGGCAAGUCUAAAAUCUAUAGGCAAGCCUUGGCCAGGUAGCUCACUUGGUUGGAGUGUCCUCCCAGUACACCAAAGUUGUGGAUUUGAUUUCCAGUCAGGGCACAUAUAAGAAUCAACCAAUGAGCCAUGGCUGGUGUGCUCAGUGAUUAGUGUUGGCCUGUGUAUCAAAGGGUAGCAGGUUUGAUUCCUGGUCAAGAGCAUGUACCUGGUUGCAGGUUCAAUCCCCAGCCCCGGUUGGGUUGCAUGUGAGAGGCAACGAAUCAAUGUGUUCUCUCUCUCCCUCUCUCUGUCUCUAUCUCUCUCCCUCCCUCUC